ACCCUCUCUCAAAAGAUAAAAAGGCCGAUGCUUUGAUUGACAACCUGUGCAGCAAAUGAAAAAUUCGUCGUCUGGGAGUGAGCCAAUGAAAUUUGUGGGGGCGGGACUAAGCAAAAACACCGGACUACUUUGCGCCUUUGUUUCAGUUGUUGGUAGUAGAUGCGACGAGAGCAGGAGACGCAUGAAAGAUGUUUGCAAAAGCCACUAAGAACCUGGUCUCUGAGAUCGACACUGAUGGUUCCCUGAUCCCAGUGUCCCGUCUGAAUGACUCGGAUGGUCUGGCUCCUCUGGCCCUGGUCAUCAAGAGAAACCGCUACUGGUUUUGGCAACAGCCCAAGUACCUAACAUCAGACUUCAAACUAAAUGAUGUUCUUGUUGGAGAUCCCAUAAAUCCAGCUGUGGUUGAAUCAGACUUUUUGACCUAUAAUGGCAAAGUUGUGGAUAACAAAAGUGGAAGUGCUGCAGCGGAAUUUGGGCCGGGGACCAUUAAUGUGGGGGGUGCCGGCUCCAGCAAACUUCAGUCAUCGUUUGGAAACCUAAAGAAAGAGGAGGUGGAUGUGCAGAAGCUCUUACAGGAUUCCAAAUCUAGAGUUCUGGACCUGAAGCACUCUCUGAUCGAGCAGACACGGGAGUCGCAGAGGGAGGUGCUGACGCUCGUGAAGGAGCGUAUCGUCACCACUCAGCCCUGUGCCAUCACAGAGGAUGUUCAGGAAGGUGGUACCUGCACUGGAAUGUUUGGGUUCAAUAAGACAAUAAAGGUGUCAGUCAAUGAUAAAGGCAAGCCUUUUGUCGAGUAUGACACUAAUGUGUCAAUCAACAUCCCCCCCAAAACCACCAUUGCUUACAGUGUGAUUGAACUAGAAGUUGCUCACACUGGACACUAUGAACUGUGCCUGCUGCCAAAUAUCAAGGGAGGUUUUGAAGUUGACGGGCCAGUGAAAGUGAAGCAAUCAAGCACAGUUAGUGCUGCACCCGGGAAAACAACCAACAAACUGCAGAAAGAUCUGGAAGGACUCCAGGGGCAGUUUACAGUCCUCUCUAAACUCCCAUCCAGCACACGCUCCUCAUUAUUCCAGCAGAUCUCUCUGCUCCUGCAGAACAGUGCAGCCAUCAGCGUGCUGGAGGACGCACUAGAGGACCUGUGUGGUGGGACGCAGCCUGAUCCCAGUGCAUUAGAGAAGGUACCUGCUCUGAAAGCCACACUGGAGCUUGUACAGAAGACUGCUGGUGCUAACCCCUCUGGAAAGCAGAAGAAACCCAGCGCUCUGACUGCCACCUAUCUGCUCAUCAGCUCCUUAGAUGAGAUGACUGACUCUGCCCUGCUUGAGCUCAAAUCCUGCUGUAGUUACGCAACCCUGCAAGCUUUGCUUCAUCUUGUGCAAAAUAUGACUUCAAAUAAGUCCUCUCUGAAAGAUGCUGCUUUGGCUGCGCUAACCAAUGAGAAGGUUUUCAAGAAGGUUACAUCACUCUUUGCGUCCUGUAACGUGACACUGCUUAAGGAGAAGGAUUCAGUGGUUACAAAAAUCGGCAACCCACAGGAUUGCCUUCCUCUCAUGCUGUGCAUUGCUGUUAAAGGCUUGGCAUCUCUAGUGCCCCCUGUCUGACUGGAGUACAACAGCAAAGCUGAGGACCAAAGGGCACUUAAAGCGGUGGACAAUCUACAAACCUUGGGAUAAGAAAAAAAAAAAAAAUUUGGAUCCUUAAGUGGCCUUUCAGCUGUUUUAUAGAAAUUGUCUAUUCAUUUUAAAUAGUUUUUUAAAGUACCUCUGUAAUGUCAACCUUUUAGAGUGGAAAUACACAGUGUUGCUAAGUCCGCGACCCUAAUAACUUGUAUUUAGCUGCUGGAAUGCGAAUUUUUACCAGGGGAACCCGGACAAAAAAAAAAAAGUUUUAUCCCACGGAACGUGAUUUUUGCUGGGGGGGGGGGCUUUAUCCCACGGAACGUGAUUUUUACGAUUGGGCUAGUUUAGAGUAGCAAUUGGGCGGGUUUUGUUGUGAAAACCUGGCAACCCUGG